AUGAAGUACGUUUCCUCUGUUCAGGACAUUAAUGUCCCAAAAGAUGUUACUGUUAGUAUUCAGUCAAGAUUUGUCAAGGUUGUUGGUCCAAGAGGUACUUUGACUAAGGACUUGAAGCACAUUGAUGUUACUUUCGUUAAGGUCAGCAAGGAUUUGAUUCAGGUUCAUAUCCACAACGGUGACAAAAGACAUGUUGCCAAAUUGAGAACUACCAAGUCUCUUAUCAGUAAUAUGAUUACUGGUGUUACGGUGGGCUACAGGUAUAAGAUGAGAUUUGUCUACGCUCAUUUCCCUAUCAACGUGUCUGUUGCCGACGAAGACGGACAAGAGUUUGUCGAGAUUAGAAACUUUUUGGGAGAAAAGAGACUUAGAAAAAUCACUGUUCCUGAAGGUGUGAAGGCUGAGGUUUCCAAGGCUCAGAAGGAUGAGUUGAUUGUCAGUGGUAACUCUGUCGAAGAGGUUUCUCAGACAUGUGCAGACAUCCAACAGAUCUGUAGAGUUAGAAAUAAGGAUAUUAGAAAGUUCUUGGAUGGUAUUUACGUUUCUGAGAAGGGAAACAUUGUUGAGGAGAUGUAA